AUGGAUAGAAGUAAUUCAAAAAACCCCAAUCAACAAGGGAGUACCUUAUAUCUUACAAAUUUAAGCUACUCUGUAAGAGAAGAAGAGCUGCUAAAGUAUUUUGAAGAGUAUGGGAAAAUCCUUGACUUAAAUAUCAUAAAGGAUCCGAUUUCUAACAGAUCAAGAGGCUUUGGAUUUGCAACUUAUGAAAACGACGAAGAUGCUGAGAAAGCCAAAAAUAAGUUAAAUAAACGUUACUUUGGUGGAAGGAAAUUGAGGAUCGAAAAAGCCAACAGACAUAAAGCACAUGUCCAGACUACAGGAAAGUAUAUGGGAACUGAAAAGUAUAAAAGAAGCCCAAACAGAGAUUAUCGCGAUAAAGAGAAAUUGUAA